CUUGCUUCAAUUAAAUUCAGUUUGUUUUAUUUAUUUAUUAUAUACUUGAGCCACACAAAAACAUACGUAGUAUAUAUUUCUGCAAUGCCAUUUGUCGGCAAACUUGUCCACUAUAGUAUUGAUCUGGUGCUCGUUUCGACUACACUGGCCGGAAUCCGCCGAUCCGCGGGUCUAACUCUGGCUGUCGACGACACAAAGGGUACUGCCAACGUGGCCAUCAAGAAAUAUCUGCAAGUCGGCGAGUCAGUCAUCGACUACAUUAGUCCCAUCUUGGUGGCAAGCGGUUAUUUUAAGCGCGACAAGUAAAUAUGUUUUAAAAAUUUUCAAUGCAUCGCGUUCAAGAGUAUCCUCGAAAUAAAAAAGACAAAUAAGUAUACGCCUUCAAAUGAAUGGAAAUGAACAUUUAUAUGGAUAUGGAAAUUGCACGUCUACAAAUUGUU